CAGACCCAAAGUAAGUUCAGUUUUCAUGGAAGAGAAACCUUUACAGGAAGUGCUUUGUGUAACAACAUCUGGUUUUAUAUGACCCUUUAAAUUACAAAAUGUGUGUGGAGUUGACAUUUUCAGUCAGGAUCUAGGACUGUAUACAUUUAGCUGAAAGCCAUUUAACAAGAACUUGAGUUUAUUUCAGAACCUGGGAUUUCUGAAACUCCGCAAGUAAUGUGUCAUUUUGUGUUUGUGUUUUUUUUUCUAAACAACUCUCAUUGAUCGUUAUUGUGUCUUUAAGUCCAGAGCUGAUGUUAAAACGUUGUCGUGUGUGUGUUUUGAGCUGUGUAGAGAGACAUUAGUUCACAAGAAACCCAAGCAGAAGCCACAAAUGCCGAUAGUAUGUGAAGGCGACACGUAAAGUUGCGUCGAGGCACCCUGCUUCUUUUCCAUUGGCUGUUGCCUGGAUACCGAGGCACUGAGACAUGAGCACGAGCUGAAGUGUGGGAAGUUUUUGUUCACAGUAAUGCCGAAACAUCCCGAAGAGACACGAAACGUGAGUGUGUCUCCUCCCGGCUGCUGGAUGUGGAGUGAUGAAGCACAAACAGUGGAGUUCAUCAGUUCUUGUCCUGCAGAGGAAGCUGUUCCGAGAGAAAGGAAGCAAACAAAUUCCCCUUUCAGAGAGCUUCAGCUGCGGUCAGAGUGGUUGGCUGGUGUCUCUACAUUGACCCACAGAGGGCGCCAAAGCUCCAGAAAGACCCUGAGCCCUGAACAUCUUAAUGCCUACAGGUCCUCAGUGAUGAAGAGGCAAGGGGACCACGUCACCAUCGAUGAUGUAAAACAGGUGGCCGUCAGUUUGCUGCAGGAGAAUUAUUCCCUCCCAAUCCCUCUCUGCUUCUUGGCUCUGUUGAAGAGGAAAGAGCUGGAUGAUGUCCUGACUGCACUUCUCCUCUACCUGUCAUGUUUCUUUGAGCACAGAUCGCUGGAGAAUAAAUCAGAGCUCCUAUUAGCUGACAUCAUCAAAGAGCGCCAGGUGACGGCUGCGGCUUUGGCCAAAAAGGCGAUGGCCCAGAAGCAGCUGGCCGUCUGCUACUUCAGCCUGAUCAUGGACCUGGAGGUAGAGCAGCAUCAACGCACCUCGUAUCGCAAGAGCCGGACGUCUUCAAACAGGAAAGAAUGGCUUCUCCACGCGUGUUUCUACAGCUUCUUCUGUUACGUGGCCUGGGUCACAUUCGGCAGAAAGGACCUGAAGGACAUCCAAGAAGAGGUGGGGCGUCUUUUCUACUCCGACACCUUGAACACGUCAGUGAGGAACGGGGCAGAUGGGGACCCAGAAGUGACCUCCUCUUCUGUCGAUGGUUCAGUGAAGACGGGAGAGGCUGACCCCGAGGAGACGGGAUCUAAUCGGCCAUUCAAGCGGCGAUCAUGUCAGAGACGCCCGCCCCUCAGCUCGAUAGCUAACCAGCGAUCUCCACUGAUGGUGUGUCUGCUGCCCUCGCCCAAAGAUCUGUCACCUCACCUGUUCCUCGCCGGUCGUGCCAGGAGGCGGAGCCCGCUGCCGGCCGAUCACUGUGACAUCACAGCUCUGACUGAGGAGCUCAACCAGCAGCUGGCUGAUGUCAGCCUCGGGAUUCUUGGGAAGCCGUUGUGCCAGCUGAGCGGCAGCGAUCUGAUUCCCCUCGGAGAAAAGAAAAACAGCAGUGAUGAGGAAGGAGACCGUGAACCGGAGAGAAACAUUCAUAACAACAGCGAGGAGCACCUUGGCUGGUGGCAGGUCGUCCUCCACGGGACCCCCGAGUCGUCAGGCUCAGGCAGAUGUGACAUCACCACCCGCAUGGAAAUUAAAAAACUCUUCACUGCACCACGGAGGCAGAGGCCUUGAAUGACUUGCAUCAUGUUUAUGUGUUUCCUGUGACGUUGUGUGUGUGUGUGUGUGUGUGUGUGUGUGUGUGUGUGUGCAAAUGAAUUCCCCCCGCUGCACAGCCGACACAGUCAGAAGCACAGAGACAAACUCAGAUAGCAUUCUGUAUCUCUCCUUUCUAAAUCGCCUCCCUGACUCUCAUCACUCCCUCCAUGUUUGUUUGGGGAAUUGGCUCCUGAAAUUUAAAUCAGUGUCUUAUUAUCUGCCAGCUGGUGGUGCUGUUGAAUAAAGUAUAAAGAAAUGCAUGACAGCGUUGAAGAUUUGCACUUUCCACUUUCCACGCAGUCUGGAAGAUAUUGAAUUCGCAUAUGGAAAUGCAGGAAGUCCACCACAUUGUAUGCAUUAUUCACAUCUCAUAAUGUAUUUUUGGGGAAAUCAAAUUAUACAGUCUUAACACACAGUUGGUCAUAGCUGUCAUUUUUUUUUUCAAUUUUAGAUUCUUGAAGGCUACCUCAGUCGUUCUCUGUCCGUGUGCUGCCUCACAACAGGCUAACUGGUGUCACAUUCUCACACACACGCUCUCUGUCCAGGCUUGGUAGCAGAAGGGACUUUGCCUUCGCCCUAAUUGGCUGCGUAAUCUGGGUCACCAGGAGCAGAGUUAAGCCCUCUGAGGAGGAGGAGGAGGAGGAGGGCCGGGGCGCCUGUGCAUUAGGAUGGAUAUAUUUGGUUAAUAUAAGUGCUCUUGGUUAAGAUGAGUGCCGUUCCAGACCCAAAAGGUUAAAGUCAAGCGCUCCCACGUUUUAUCCAAAUCUUGCUGGAAUCAUACCCCAGUUUCAGAUCAAUCAAGACCUGUUACUUUCUCCCUUCUUCUUCUCCCGUCUUGUGUCUGAGCCACUCCGUCUCUGCCUGUGGUCUCCUCCCCUUCGUCCCUCUAGUACACUGAGGCCAAUACCUAACAAGCAGUCAGAUACUUGACAAAGCAAAAACCUUUCCCCCCCCCCGACCUGACAGAAUAAUCAAAGGGCUGCUGACUUUGGAGCAGAGUUGAUAUCUGUAAUCUAUCUAAAUGACAGGAUCUUCACUCCUCCUUCAAAGGAAUUGUUCAGUCAUUGGGGGGGGGGGGAAUAUUGGAGAUUAUUGGUACCAAGUAUGUACAGCACCUGACACCUGUAGCUGCUUAGCUACGCUCAGCAUAAAUGCCAGAAACAGCUGUGUGUCAAAAGGUGACAUAACACCAAAUACCACACCUAUUAAGCUUAGUAUCCAUCACAUAAUAUAUUCUUAAUGAGAUCUGUCUAAUUAAUGGCACA